AUGCCCAGCUCCACUGCGAUGGCAGUUGGCGCGCUGUCCAGUUCCCUCCUGGUCACCUGCUGCCUGAUGGUGGCUCUGUGCAGUCCGAGCAUCCCGCUGGAGAAGCUGGCUCAGGCGCCGGAGCAGCCGGGCCAGGAGAAGCGCGAGCACGCGUCUCGGGACGGCCCGGGGCGGGUGAGCGAGCUCGGGCGCCCCGCGAGGGACGAGGGCGGCAGCGGCCGGGACUGGAAGAGCAAGGGCGGCCGCGGGCUCUCCGGCCGGGAGGCGUGGAGCAAGCAGAAGCAGGCCUGGGCCGCCCAGGGCGGGGGCGCAAAGGCCGGGGACCUGCAGGGCCGGCCCCGCGGGGACACCCCGCAGGGGGAGCCCCCGGCCGCAGCCGCCCAGGACGCGACCGGCCCGGACCUCGCGCCCACACCGGAGCCGCCCGAGGAGUACGCGUACCCGGACUACCGCGGCAAGGGCUGCGUGGACGAGAGCGGCUUCGUGUAUGCCAUCGGGGAGAAGUUCGCGCCGGGCCCCUCGGCCUGCCCUUGCCUGUGCACCGAGGAGGGGCCGCUGUGCGCGCAGCCCGAGUGCCCGCGGCUGCACCCGCGCUGCAUCCACGUCGACACGAGCCAGUGCUGCCCGCAGUGCAAGGAGAGGAAGAACUACUGCGAGUUCCGGGGCAAGACCUACCAGACUCUGGAGGAGUUCGUGGUGUCUCCGUGUGAACGGUGCCGCUGCGAAGCCAACGGGGAGGUGCUGUGCACCGUGUCCGCGUGUCCUCAGACAGAGUGUGUGGACCCCGUGUACGAGCCUGACCAGUGCUGCCCCAUCUGCAAAAACGGCCCAAACUGCUUUGCGGAGACGGCGGUCAUCCCAGCUGGGAGAGAAGUCAAGACUGACGAGUGCACCAUCUGCCACUGCACUUACGAGGAGGGCACGUGGAGGAUCGAGAGGCAGGCCAUGUGCACGAGGCACGAAUGCCGGCAGAUGUAGACCCGGGACCGCAAACAAAAACAUAGACAAAAAAAAGUUUUUCUAGAACAUUUUCCUGAUGGGAACAUUCUAGAUGAUGACUCUGGGGAAUAGCAUUCAACAGGAGAAGACUUUUUGAUGAGGACGAUGGGACAUGGUUGGUACUUUUGCGUUUCUUGCUAAGAGUUACUGCAAAAGAAGGAAAUGGGUACAUUUCCAAACGUCCACAAGAACUUUGGGCAUAAACCCUCUCUCUAAAUAAAUGUGCUAUUUUCACAGUAAGUACACCGAAGUACACUAUUCUAUAUUAAAUGUAUUUCUAUAAUCCCUCUACUAGAGAGCUUAUAUAAAUGUUUUCUAUAGAUACAGAUUAAAAAUGCCGUGUUGUCAACCGUGCUCACUGUGUACCUGCAUAUCGUCUUCAGUUCCCGAUUCUCUCAUGCAAGCUUUUAAGUGGUGGCUGGCUUCUGCUUCACACCUUGGAACAGUGCGCCCAUCGAUGGACCAUAAGACAACGAAAUACUGAAAUCCUGCCCCCCACCCCGUUCUGUCUCGUUACAGAGACAGACCCCGUGUCUGUCCUUACAAGAUCCUUUGCACAAACAUGCUUCCUACUCGUGAUGACUCCCUGCUUUGCUCACCUCCGUUCUCAGUCAUUUGGGAGAGGAAGGUACAAAGUUAACUGACAUGCACUUUUUCUGUGUAUUCAAGGCUCCCGUGUUGGGGACCAGAGAUGAACACAAGCAUAGGGCUCAUUCUCACGCACAUUACUUUCUCUUGCUGGCAUGCCUUCAAUCAUCUCGUAAGCCAAGCAACAGGGCAGGAUGGACAGUUUGCCUUACCAUCCUACCAGGCUGAAGUGUGCAGUGAAAUAGGGGGGUUUCUUGAGUCUGGAGUGGAGUGGAGGAAAACCCAAGCCCCAGGCAGUCCCCACCUGGAAUCCAGACGCAGUGCAGGGAUUCCCACCUGUUCUCUCAGUGGAUGCGUGUUCCUUACCAGAACGAUCAACUCCCCUCUGUAAGGGGAAGUGUAGACUGUGAAAGAUGGCCCUGUAUUAGGCGUCCUUCCUGAGCAGAGAGAGGCGCGUCCCAGCCAGUUUGUGAACACAGCGCCACAUGUGUUCAGCUACUUUUGUGUGGUUACCUGUAAUCCCAAUUGGAUUUUGCCUCUCCUCAUUUGGACAGGGGAGCAGGAGAAGCCGCUGCAGAUCCCGAUCCUUGAGCAAUGCAUAUAUCAGAGUAUCUCUGCCUUUAGCAAUCACACUGACCCCCGGCACACUGCUGGGGAAGGUGACCAGUCUUAAUAGGCAUACAGUGAGAAAUAAUGAUUGUCAUUAUCUGAAUCUUUAAAGGGUUUUUUUUUCUUCCAUAUUUUUAUUUACUCCAAAAUUUUGAAUUAAGCACUGAUUAGGUACAAAUCAUUUGAUGACAAAAAAGAGAAUAAAGCAUGGUUUCUUGUCUUCAUGAGCUUUUGGCCCUAGACUUAACACGAGUAAGAAAUUAUAGUGCAUUGUGGCAGGAGGUCAAUUCAAGGUCAGCAAAGGAAAGUUGGAAAACUUCCUGAAAAGAGCAGAGAAUACCAAAAUAUCACGCAGUAUCUAAGAAACCCCUUCAAUCAUUAAAGGUUGACUAAUGAAGAAAAAUGGAUAUAUUUGUCAUUAUUGAAAACAUGAACCACUAUGUACCUUAAUAAAUGUACAGCCAGCACUAA